AAACAAAGCUUUCAACCAACAAGGCAGCAACCGUGUCUUUAUUUAAUCGUGGAUGUAUGGUGAGAUCACCUUUAUUAUUUUCCACUUUUUCUAUUUUUCUCUUUUAGCAUCACAUCGUUCUGGGUCUUUCUUUCUCUGUUUCUUGCCACCAUACAUAUUCUUUACUUGAAACAACUCUUAACAAAAAACUCUUCAAGAAAAACAAACCAAUACUCUAAACUAAAUGCUAACAAAAUGCAACAACAAUGUCCUAGCAACUCCUUUCUCUACAACACCACACAAUGUUCAUGCAACCCAGGCUACUUAUUAAACAUCACAACUAAAACCUGUUACUUGUACAAUGAAUGGGGUCCAGUUGAAAUUGACUCAGGUGUUGAGAAUAAUAGAUCAUUGUUAUUUCCAGGAAGUGGUACCCUUUUUGAUUUUGAUUCAAUUAGAAGGUUGACUCAAUCACAAGCUGUGUUUCUUGAAGCUACACUUAUUAUGUUGCUUUCUUGGCUUUGUUUUUGCUUUAUUGCACGGUGUGCUCCACUUGGUGAUGGACGUAACAUUUGGUUUAAGAUCCGAUGGUGGAUUAGUCGACUUGAUGUCUGCUUUGCAUCUCGUCAUUGGCUUGAUGACCAGAAGGUAGUCAUGAAGCGGAAAACAGAGCUUGGUGGAACUUUUUCAAUAGCUAGUUGGAUACUUUUUAUUGGUCUGUUUGCUGCUUUGCUCUACCAAAUAAUAGCGAAGAGAAGUAUUGAGAUGCACACUGUGAGAGCAGCAAAUGCACCUGAUUUAGCUGCUUUUAUAAACGAUUUGGAGUUUAAUAUCACUACCAUCUCAAGUAUGAGCUGCUUACACUUACGUGGCCUCGGAACAGUGGUAACUGGGAACCCUGGCUUCGUUGACUAUCGAUUUGCUCCUCUGUCAACAUUUGCCAACUAUUCCUGUAUAAACACAACUAAAGGACCGACCAUUAUGCUUAAGUGCAGCAACUGUCCACUUAGUCGGGACAAUGCCUAUAUUUCAUGGCAAUUUGUUGAUCUCCCAGAUAGUCCUGCAGCAGCUGCUGGAUUUCAGUUCAACCUAACAGCAAAAGAUCCUAAAAAUAAGAAGCAUCUUAGCUUGGUCAGUGGAACACUGAGGAAUGGAAGCAAUUUUGACAAGAAACCAGUUACAUUUAGAGGGCUGACACCAAAUAUAUUGAAGUUCAAUUUUUUCCCGAGAAAGUACCAUAAUUUGCAUGACCUGAAGCUCAUCCAACCACUACUUCAUGAGUUUCUCCCAGGUUCAUCUUUUAAUGAGAUAAGUCAACUCCAAGCAUCACUCCAAAGACCUAAUGAUGGUCUAAUCAACACGACAUUGUAUGUCAACUUCCUAUCUUCCUAUAUUGUUGAGAUCAAGAAUCAAAAUGUUUUGGGACCUGUAAGCUUCCUUGCGGAUCUUGGUGGCCUUUAUUGCAUCAGUAUUGUCCUCUUCUUCUACAUUUUGGUUCAGUGUGAAUAUAGGAUCAAGAAAUUACGCAAUGAGGAUAGUGUAAUGCGAAAAGUUAGAAGUCGCCGAAAAGCUCAAGAUUGCUGGGAUAAAUUGAGGAAAUAUGUGAUGUACACAUACGCUCCUAACCAAUUGGAAGAGGUGUACGACAUGAGAAAUGAUGGUUGUUGCACAGGCGUCAAGAUGGAAUCAGUCCAUAGAAAGAGCUCUUCAGUUAGAGGAAGAGGGUCUAGCAAAUUAGAUACCAUCAGUUUUAGCAGAAAAGUUGGUUUACCUAGUGAGAAGAGAGCCACUCCAGAGAAGAUUGAUACUCAAAGUGCCACACGUUUUUCGCUUGAACCUGCAGCAGAUCUCCAAAAGCGUACACAUCUGAAGGAAAAAAGAUUUCAAGAAAAUGCUGCACGUCCAAACACAAAAAGUAGUAAGCCUGAAGACAUAAUUGCUCCAGAUGUAGAGAACGCUGUCCAGGCUCCAGCUUUUCCUGCAGCUGAUGACUUUGCUGUUCCACCUCCGCCUCCAUUUAAAUUGCAGGCUGCUGAUAAUAUCAGUAUGAUCAAUCUCCAGAAAGAUCUCGAAAACCUGUAUGAAUAUAAUAUAGUGCUCAGGGAGAAGUUGAUUGCUGCCCAGUCAAUGCUUCAUACAUUAGCCAACAAGGAGUCGACUUUAGCAGCUGAUAGUGGCGAUAUUAUUACUAGAGAAUGAUUAUGAUCAAUUAACGUGGUAGUGUGUGGGUGAACAUUGCAUUCAGAAUUCCAUUCUCCUGAAUAUCCUGAGAGAAUUCUGGGAUCUUGUGUGUUAUGGGUGAGCAUUUGCUCUCUGUGGCUGUUGAUAAUAUCCUGUUAGUAGAACAAGCACUGAAUGCAAUGCUCCAAGGUGAUGAAGUACUUUCCUAUGUGCCGUACAUUACAGAUUUAGAUGCAUUAUGACCCGAAAAUCUUUGGAGUGGUUGAAGAGUUGUAUAAUUUCAUUUCAAUUAGCAGGGAGUUCAUUCUUUUGGAGCAGGAUUGUGUUCCUUUGUGAGUUAAAUGUCUGAACCAUGUAAUUUUAUACUUACUGGUGUAAUGUACAUUAUGUAGGACAAUGAUUGAAGGAAAUUUGAUUACGAUGAUAUUAGGGUGCAUUGGAUACAGUCGUUAUUAAGCCAUGUAAUCUACCCGAUACAAUUAUGCGGAAAUGCAUUUUGUUCCCUUUUC